AUGUUUCACAUAAAUCAUAGUGCUGAUACUAACCUGAUGUCAAAACGUUUUGGACGAACCAAUAGUUCUGAAAAUGCCAAGAGACCAAAGUUGGAUAUAUCAGUUAGCCAGAUAUCCCGAGAGACAAAUCUCAAUUACAGGACUAAUGUUCCAAUCACUAGUACCUCCAGUUCCUCGAGACCGUCGACGGUGGAAGUAGACACGGACGAAUGGGGCGAAGAUCCUGAGGAAGAAGACCUCGAGGAAAUUGAAAUGAUAGAGUCUCAGGCGUCUCAGAAUGUCAACACGUCAGUGAUAAGUAUUAAUCCUUCUCAAUUUAAAUUUAACUCGGUUAAAAUUAGCCAGCCAGUGUCGCGGAUUAACUCGAAUCCGCAGCCGCAGCCGUCGACGUCGAAAUUCAACCAAGACUUCAGGCCACAUCAGCCAUCUCAGAUUCUAGCUUCGUCGAAGAAUUUUCGCGUCCCACCUUUGCAAACUCUCGGAUCAUCUAGUAAUUUGAAAACAAUUGCAGAGACGCCAACGUCUGAUGAAUUCCGGAAUAAUCUUUUGGUGAACAAUCGGUUAAAUUCAACCUUCCAAGCUAAAAAUGUUGUCGCUGACCCCGACGAGGAAAACCGCAAGAAGCUGGAGAAGCUGGAGAGUGAGAACAAAAAGCUGCUUGAUGAUUUGAGGAUAAAGGAGGGCGAGUCUAUCUACUUGAGGAAGCAGCUGAAUACUGCGCUGACCAAAACCAACCAGCUGUCAGUGGAAAAAGAGUGCGCUCUUGAGCGACAGGCUAAUCAGUACCAAAUACAAAUCAAUGAACUGACUAAAAAAAAUGCAGCGCUCACCACACAAUUGGAGUUUAAUAAUCACGAUAUUAUUAAAGUCGCUGAUAAGCUAAAAAAAGCUUCUCGCGUUCAGUCGCCGCAAAAUAGUCUUCUUAAUACUUCGGCGAAGAAAAAAAUAAACCAGACGUCCCAAGCGUCUUUUUCAUCCAGUACAAUAUAUAAAUUAAAGACUCACGUAGUUCUAUAUCCGUUUGAAGAAAUUCCUCCAACGAUUUUCCAGCCAUCGUUGCCAGAGAAGCCUAUAGUUAAUAUCCAGAUUGUAGAUAGAAGUGGAAAAUGUAAUUUACCUAUUUUAGAGGAUGAAAAAACACUGAGGAUUUUUGAAAAUCCCCAAAUUGUCAAGCCUAUGGUUACAGUAAUUGAUAAAAAAAAUUUAAAUGUUGAAUUUUUGCAUGUGGAUGUCGCGAGGAUUAUUAAAACUCUGUGCGACGCUACCGAAUGGCACGAAAAGGAGCGCGGUAUCGAAGCUCGAAGAUGUCUAGGUUUACUAGUAACAAUUUCCGAAAAAUCAACUUACCUUUCCGGAUACAUUGCAGGUACAAGUCAGCUGAGUCCUCAGAAGCAAGUCUUCAUCAACCAGAUGACCAGGUACAUGGAUUGGUCACAGCGAAAGCACGAGCACGAAAUGUUGGAGCUCUUUAACGAGCUGGCCAUGGCGAUACACUUUGUCAGACGUUCUCACCAGUUCACCGGUGUAAUUUGCGGAAUUGCUAAAUUAAUUUCCAAUGUACAGUCAACAGUUGGAAUUACUCAUGAAAGAGCCUUAAAUUUAGCUGGAAAUAUUUUCAAGGAACUGGUUUUUAGUCAUCCGUUGCUCAAGUCGCUCAUCUCAAUGACUGAAAUGAUGAAGAGCUUCAACCAGAGCGAAUUUUUCAUCAGCCGACUCAUCAAGUACAACCAGAGCGAUGAGAUGCAACUGUUCAACGACAUCAACAGCUUCAAUGAUGAUGACUGUGUCUUGGAAAUUUAUUUAAAACAGUUGCGUAGUUUUACGCUUAGCAAUGUUAAUAAGGUCAAUCUUAUGUAUGAACUGGUUGGGUUUGCUGACGUUGCUCUGAAAGUUAGACACCUGAAACUACCUAAGGAGAAAAAUUCCAGCAACCGGUGCUGCAAAGCGCUUUAUGAAUUUAUUAUUCAAAACUUACACCGAUGCGCUACUAUUGACACAGAUGAGUUGAAAGAAGAGUUCAUCCGCAAUGAAAAGAGCAAUUUUAAUAGUUUGAGCUGUUGGAAAGGAAAAAUUGAGGGUUACUACUGGAUUAAAUUUCGAAAUAAAUUUUUUAAUCUCCUCAAAAUAGGGAUUAGGUUCCUGACAUUUGUCGCGUAUUGGGAUAUCGAGUUUUUUGUUAACUCCCCGGAGGAUAUCGAUAUUUCAAUUUUUUUAUUCAUGGAAAAUAUUGUCAAGGUCAAUGUCGAAGCCUUGGAACUGAUGAAAUCAAAAUUUUCAUUCGAUAAAGACGAAACGUGUAAACUAGAACCCGAGACGUCAGAGUGCAAGCAAUUAUUUUCUGUAAAAAGUAUUUUUAUUGAUGAGCCAGCUUCUGCUAAUAAUGAUAAUAAAAAUAUAUCAUUUGAUAGAAAAGAUAAUUACGAAAGAACGCUGGAAAUGUUUAAAUCCUCUCUGCAAAUAUAA